GGCGCGGGCGCGCGGCCGAACGCUAGCGCCAGGGGGCGGGGUGGGGGAGGGGGCUAGUCCUCGGAGAGCCGGGUUGGGCUCGCGGUACCACGAUUGGUCGCUCCUCACUCCGCCUCCAGCGCAUCUCAUUAGCAUCUCAUUAGCUGUCCGCUCGGGCUCCGGAGGCAGCCACCGCCGCCAGUCUGAGGCAGGUGCCCGACAUGGCGAGUGCUGUGCUGCCGAGCGGAUCCCAGUGUGCGGCGGCAGCGGCUGUGGCGGCGGCGGCGGCGCCUCCAGGGCUCCGGCUCCGGCUCCUGCUGUUGCUCCUUUCGGCCGCGGCACUGAUCCCCACAGGUGAUGGACAGAAUCUGUUUACUAAAGACGUGACAGUGAUUGAAGGAGAAGUGGCAACCAUCAGCUGUCAAGUCAAUAAGAGUGACGACUCAGUGAUCCAGCUCCUGAACCCCAACAGGCAGACCAUCUACUUCAGGGACUUCAGGCCUUUGAAGGACAGCAGGUUUCAGCUGCUGAAUUUUUCUAGCAGUGAACUCAAAGUGUCACUGACGAAUGUCUCAGUCUCGGAUGAAGGGAGGUACUUCUGUCAGCUCUACACGGACCCCCCACAGGAGAGUUACACCACCAUCACAGUCCUGGUCCCUCCACGUAACUUGAUGAUCGAUAUCCAGAAAGACACGGCAGUCGAAGGGGAGGAGAUUGAAGUCAACUGUACUGCCAUGGCCAGCAAGCCAGCGACGACCAUCAGGUGGUUCAAAGGGAACAAGGAACUCAAAGGCAAAUCAGAGGUGGAAGAGUGGUCAGACAUGUACACUGUGACGAGUCAGCUGAUGCUGAAGGUGCACAAGGAGGACGAUGGGGUCCCAGUGAUCUGCCAGGUGGAGCACCCUGCGGUCACUGGAAACCUGCAGACCCAGCGCUAUCUAGAAGUGCAGUAUAAACCGCAAGUGCAUAUUCAGAUGACUUACCCUCUGCAAGGCCUAACCCGCGAAGGGGAUGCGUUCGAGUUAACGUGUGAAGCCAUCGGGAAGCCCCAGCCUGUGAUGGUAACUUGGGUGAGAGUCGAUGAUGAAAUGCCUCAACAUGCCGUUCUGUCUGGACCAAACCUGUUCAUCAAUAACCUAAACAAAACAGAUAACGGUACUUACCGCUGUGAGGCUUCCAACAUAGUGGGAAAGGCACAUUCGGACUAUAUGCUGUAUGUAUACGACACCACGGCGACGACAGAACCAGCAGUUCACGAUUCUCGAGCAGGUGAAGAGGGGACCAUUGGGGCAGUGGACCACGCAGUGAUUGGCGGCGUCGUGGCCGUGGUGGUGUUUGCCAUGUUAUGCUUGCUCAUCAUUCUGGGCCGCUAUUUUGCCAGACAUAAAGGUACAUACUUCACUCAUGAAGCCAAAGGAGCCGAUGACGCAGCAGACGCAGACACAGCUAUAAUCAAUGCAGAAGGAGGACAGAACAACUCGGAAGAAAAGAAAGAGUACUUCAUCUAGAUCAGCCUUUUUGUUCCAAUGAGGUGUCCAACUGGCCUGUUUAGAUGAUAAAGAGACAGUGAUACUGGAACUUGCGAGAAGCUCGUGUGGUUUUUUUGUUUUUUUUUUUUAAUGAAUGGGUGGAGAGAUGCGAGACUGGGAAGGCUUGGGAUUUGCAAUGUACAAACAAAAACAAAGAAUGUUCUUUGAAAGUGCGCUCUGCUGUUUGACACCUCUUUUUAAUCUGGUUUUAAUUUGGUUUGGGUUUUGGGUUUUUUGUUUUUUGUUUUUUGUUUUUUUCUUAUUUUCAUUUAUAUCUCUUCCUACCAAGUCAAACUUGGGCACUUGGAUUUGGUUUCGGUAGAUUGCAGAAAAUUCUGUGCCUUGUUUUUCAUUCGUUUGUUGUGUUUCUUCCCUCUUGCCCAUUUGUUUUUCCCCCCUCCCAAACCUCCCAUUUUUUUGGAAUUGACCUGCUGGGAUUCCUAAGGCUCUCCCGUCACCAGUUUCUUUUAUUUGUGUUAACAGUGACUGCUUUCUGUUCCAAAUUCAGUUCCAUAAAAGGAAAACCAGCACAGUUUAGAUUUCAUAGUUCAGAAUUUAGUGUCUCCAUGACGCAUCCUUCUCUGUUGUCGUAAAGAUUUGGGUGAAGAAAAAAAAAAAAAAGAAAAAAAAGAAAAAAAAAAAGAAAACACUGAAAACUCUUUGCUGCUGCCCAUGUCUUAAAUACGUAGAGCAGCGAAGACUAGAAACGUAGACUGUGACACAGACGCUGUCGUCUGCCGUGGAUCUUCAUUACUGUACAGGGUUAUCUGCAAGUGAGGUGUGUCGCAAUAAGAUUGAAUCUGUCGUUAAUUCUUUAUCUGUAGGCGGCUCAGUAUAGAUUACCCCACGCUGUGCAGAAAGUUUUUAGAGUGGAAAGGUCUCCUCCUUCCUCGUUGCCCUAAACAGACCCGACAGGUGAGGUCUGUCCGUUUUAUGUAAGUGGACAAAUUUGCGAUGCCACAGGAGGGGAAGCAGGGAGGGGGUACGGCAGUUCUGCUCUGAUUAUUUCUACUCUCAACAGUUCCAUCCUCCUUUCCCAAUUGGCCUUACUGCUCACUAAGGCAGGAGAGGGCAAGUCCGUGUGCUGUGUGAGUGACUGGAGGGGACGGGCUUUGUUUAGUUUUUUUUUUACCCCACUUUGGUUUUGGUUCUGGGUUGUUUUAUUUUGUUUUUUCCUUUGUGCUUAUUAAGGAUGGCAGUGGGCUGUGUCCUGUGUGUACUGUAUGUUACAGGCACCGUCCUGCUGGGACGCUUGUCCUGCUGGCAUUCCCAGCUCCCCCCCCCCCCCACUCUGCUCUCAUUCCUUCAGAUUUGGCUUGACAAAAGCAGGAGGUACAAAAGAAGGGCCAGUAUUGUUCUGGAAAGGUCAGAGCCGAGGUGGGAAAGCCACAUAUAGGGAUUUCCAGUUACUUAAUCAAAACUCAAAACAUGAGUGUUUCUGUCUUUCGUGCACUAGGCCUGGCCUCUUUCCUUAGCCUUAAGAACCAUCUGCCAAAAACUCCUCAUCUCGCAUGAUGGCAGCCAGAGCGCAUAGCUACUAAAAUAAGUUUCCGUGAACAUAUCUUAUGCUGGAGCCUGGGGGAAGAUAGAGGAGCGAAGGAACCCUUCACAUUCUCUAAAGCUAAGUGGGGGUUUACAGAAGUGCUGAGGUCAUCUAGCAGUAGUUCUGAAGGACAGAACCUAAACUCUUACCACAUGUGUCGGUAAGCUCCAGACUCCAAAACAGCCCCUCUGGAAAGAUGGCAUCAGAAAAGAUAGAUCUAUCUAUAUAUAUAAAUAUAUAAAUAUAUAUUCUAUAACAUUUUCAGUCAGUACUUUUGCAUUUUGCAAGGUGCAUUUUUACUAUUGUUACAUUAUGUGGAAAACUUACGCUGAUUUAUUUAAGGGGAAAAAAAGUGUCGACUCUGUUAUUUGAAAACGUACUUCUUUUUCUUGUCUUUAUUUUAACUUCUGAUAGAACCACUGCAGUAUGGGGGCCUUUUGGGAAUGGACUGGUGUGUAAAGGAAAAUUAAUUACGGAGCAGUGUUUUGUUAACCCCUCUCCUGCCCCUGGGCACUUAACCAAGACAAAAAGCCACAAGGAACAUCCCUUUUUCAAACAUUUUAUAACGUGCAUCUAUUCCGAGCCCUUAGCACCCAUCCUGACCAUAGUGACCAUAUCAAAGGGUGACAACCAGUUAGCAUGUUGUUGAAAGGGUUUUUCAGCUGUUCUUUUUAGAAAAAAAAAUAUAUAAAAAAUAUUAAAAAAAAAAAACAAAAAAACAAAAACAAACAAACACAAAAAAACUACCAUUGUUCACAGAAUUGGCAUCUCAUUUUCGGGACCGCCCAUCUUUCUGUUUUGACAAGUGUACAGUAGUGCAGUGUUCUGAUGUAACUUUAUGGCUUACAAUGUUGACAUGUCUCAGGUUCCUGUGUUUCGAUUGGUGUUUUUCCGUCUCAGGUAGAUUGCAAAGUGUAGGCCCCACACAUUGGAAAAAUAAUAAUAAUAAUAAUAAAUAAUAAUAAUAAUAAUAAUAAAAAACAAAGCAAAAACAGGAAAUUAUGGAUUUAGUUGUAUAUUGGUUUAUGUAUUUUUCUUAAGUAUACAGUGCACUGUUUGAAAUGUAUUGUUGAGUAUUACUUUGUACAGGUUGAUCACUUUUUUUAGAGUGAAGAAAGAACAAACUUGGUUUUUUUGUGUUUUUUUAAAGGAGUAUAAAAUAAUGAAGGAUGUAUAAUUGAUGCCAAAUAAGCUUGUUCUUUAGUCACAAUGACGUCUUGUUUCUCCCUCUAGGCCAGUUCUGUUUCUAAGGUGUACAAGGACCAUGUUACAGUGUAAGAAACUCCACAUCCGUGUGUUCCCAUUCGCAUUUUGUAUUGGUUCAUGUAUACCAUUUUUACAAAAAGAAAAAA